GAGACAGAGAGAGAGAGAGAGAGAGAGAGAGAGAGAGAGAGAGAGAGAAGUUUGGUCUUUUUCUCCCCUUCACUGUUUUUUAGGCAUGAACGCCAAGGCCUGCGUUUCACACAGCGAUAUGACAUCCAUGGAUUCAUAUUAUAGCCCCUCUGCAGCGCAAGUUAGGGAUAACCAGACGGACCACUUUAGGACAUUCCCAGCCGCUGACACCAAAUACAGCCCCACUGCCUUCCUGCCCAACAAAGGUCAGGCUUACGGAGAAAAGUCCCGGAGCCCCUUCCAGCAGGAGUGCCAGUCAUUGGAUGCCGCCGCAGCUGGGCAAGGCACUUUCAGCAAAUACCACCUCUUCAUGCAGAGGUCCUUUUGCAAAACACCCACCGAAGAGGGCAAACUGCACCAAGAGAGCGGACACAACGGAGCGCUCAUCCCCUGCUAUGUUAAAGACAGUUCAGGUCUGACAGAGUCUGACUUGGCCCAGGACACCGACCCACCCGGCAUGGAUACCAGCUACCUGUCUGUGAAGGAUCAGGGUGUGAAGGCAGCCUCUGAUAGGCCACCAGGCACAGACUUGUCAAGCCCUCUGGACAAGGGCGAUGGCGGCGAAAGCAACAAGGGCAAGAAAAGGCGCAACCGCACAACCUUUACAAGCUACCAGCUGGAAGAGCUGGAGAAGGUUUUCCAAAAGACACACUAUCCUGAUGUUUACGCCCGGGAGCAGCUGGCACUGAGGACUGACCUGACGGAAGCCCGUGUACAGGUGUGGUUUCAGAAUCGAAGAGCAAAAUGGAGGAAACGGGAGCGUUUUGGUCAGAUGCAGCAGGUCAGAACACAUUUCUCAACAGCUUACGAGUUGCCUCUUCUGACGCGUCCUGAGAACUACGCACAGAUUCAGAACCCCUCUUGGAUCGGUGGCAGCAGCGGAGCAUCUCCUGUGCCGGGCUGUGUUGUGCCCUGCGAUACUGUGACCCCCUGUAUGACACCUCACCCACACUCUGCCAGCGGAAUGUCUGAUUUUCUGGGCAUGCCGAGUCCCGGGGGUCACGUGGGACAGGCUCACAUGGGCAGCCUUUUUGGAGGGCCUCAUGGUAUGGCUACAGGCAUCAACACUUACGAUCUAAACAUGGACCCUGAUCGCAAGUCCUCCAGUAUCGCCGCUUUGCGCAUGAAAGCCAAAGAGCACAGUGCAGCCAUAUCUUGGGCCACAUGAUGUGCUGAUACCUGCAGGAUGGGGGGCCGUGUUGACCCCUGAGAUGUCUACCCAAACCCAGCAUGGGGUGAGGGGGCACUAUAAUCAAAAACUCUAAAGGCAACAGUGACUACCUUCAUAAUUGUUGCAAUAAAAAAAAUAUUCAAAUACAAGGACGGGUGAAGAUUACUGCAAGAAAGAACAAGAUUUGACAAGAUAAGAGGCGUGGCACUGUCAUGUUUCUCAACCCCUCUGGUGG